AUGGCUCAAUCUAAGCAUAUAGACAAAGUUCUUGAUAGGCAUAGUGAUGAAACUAUUGCAAAUAACUGUUUAAGAUUGAAGACAUUUAUUAAUGCUAUUCGAUGGCUUGCAUUUCAAGCAUGUGCAAUUAGAGGCGAUGAUGAAAGUCCUGGAUCUUUGAAUAGGAAAACUUUUAUUGAGUUAAUUAAGCUUUUAGCUUCCUGUAAUCAGAAUGUUAAUAAUGUCCUUGAAAAUGCUCCUGAAAAUGCUCAAUAUAUAUCUCCCGGUGUUCAAAAAGAUAUAUUGCAUAUCUUUGCUAGAAAAGUGCGUGCAAUAAUUCGAGAAGAAAUUGGUGAUUCUAAAUUUUGUAUAAUUAUUGAUGAAGCAAGAGAUGAGUCAAAGCGAGAACAAAUGUCUAUGGUUUUGAGAUUUGUAGACAAGCACGGUUGUGUUCAAGAAAGAUUUUUUGAUCUUAUAAAUGUUUCUGAUACAUAUUCUUUGACAUUGAAAACUGAAAUUUCAUCAGUUCUUUUUCGUCAUAAUCUUGAUGUCCAAAAUCUUAGGGGACAAGGGUACGAUGGAGCUAGUAAUAUGCAUGGUGAAUGGAAUGGAUUGCAAGCUCUAUUUUUGAAAGAUUGCCCUUUUACUUAUUACAUUCACUGUCUUGCUCAUCAAUUACAAUUAGCACUUGUUUUUGCAGCCAAAGAAGUUUGUUAUGUUCAUCAAUUCUUUUCAAAACUUACACUAAUUGUGAAAGUUGUGACUGUUUCUCCUAAACGUCAUGAUCAUUUAAGGAUUGCUCAAGCAAAUAAUGUUGCAAACUUAAUUGCCAAUGAUAAAAUUUAUGACAGCUUGUUAUGCAUGUUCGAUGCUACUUGUGAAGUUCUUGAAAAAAGCACCGAAGAAGGUAAUUUCUCCACUCAUGGUGAUGCUAGUGCUGCUUAUGAUGCUAUCACAUCUUUUGAAUUUGUCUUUGUUUUGUAUUUGAUGAGAAAUAUUUUGGAAUUUAAUGGAAGAUUCAAUGAUAAUAUAGUGGAAUUACUUACUUUAAGUUCAACUUUAGAUCUCAAAGAUAAUUAUAAGUUCUUCAAUGUCAACAAAGUAUGUGAAUUAGUAGAACGGUUUUAUCCAGGUGACUUCAGUGACCAAGAGAAAUUUCACAUUAGAAUGCAAGCUCAACAUUAUGAACUUGAUAUUACUAAUCAUGUUGAAUUAACUAACUUGUGCACAAUUUCGGAGUUAUGUCAAGGAUUAACAAAGACAGAAAAAUCUUUAACAUAUCCUUUGAUUGAUCGUUUGAUUCGCUUGGUAUUAACUCUCCCUGUUUCAAUUGCUAUAACUGAGAGAUCUUUUUCAGCUAUGAAUAUUGUGAAGAAUAGACUCAGAAACAAAAUGGAAGAUGAAUUACUUGCUAAUUGUCUUUUGAUUUACAUUGAGAAGAAGAUUGCUGAAAGAUUUGACACAGAUUUUAUUAUCGAUAAAUUUUAUGAUACGAAGAAUCAACGUGUACCACUUCGUUAG